AUGGAGCCCCGCGGGAUGCCCGGGGCGCCCGUGCUCCUGCUCGGCUUCCUGCUCGCCGUGACCGGCGGUGGCCGCGUGGAGGUGCCGCGCAGCGUGACGGCGGUGCUGGGGCAGGACGUGGUGCUGCCGUGCCGGUACCGGGCGCAGGAGCAGGAGCAGGUGGUGCAGGUGACGUGGCUGAAGCGCGGCGGCGCGGGCGCGGCGCCCGCCGAGGUGGCCGUGCUGAACCCGCAGCACGGCGAGCACGUGCAGGAGCCCUUCGUGGGCCGCGUCCUGCGCCACGGGCACGGCGACCUCGGCGACGGCGCCAUCGUCCUGCGCAACGCCGUGCAGGGCGACGAGGGCGACUACGAGUGCCACCUGAUCACCUUCCCCAUGGGCAACUUCGAGGGGCGCCUCACGCUCAGGGUGCUCGUGCCACCGCUGCCCAUCCUGAACCCGGGCCCGCCGCUGGAGGAGGGCCAGGGCCGGACGCUGGCGGCCUCGUGCACGGCCGAGGGCAGCCCGGUGCCCUCGGUGCGCUGGGAGACCGAGGUGCGCGGCACCAACGCCACGCGGCGCUCGGCCCACGCGCGCUCCGCCUCCGUCACCAGCGAGUUCUUCCUGGUGCCCGGGCGCAGCAUGAACGGCAAGAGCCUCACCUGCGUGGUGGCGCACCCCGGCCUGCGCCACGAGAAGAGGAUCACGCACCAGCUCAGCGUCGCCUACCUGUCGGACGCGUCGGUGCUGGGCCACACGGCCGAGUGGCAGGAGGGGAUGGAGGGGGCGGCGCUGACCUGCCUGGGGGACGGCAACCCCCCCCCGACGUACAACUGGACACGGGUGGACGCGCCGCUGCCCGCGGGUGUCAGGGUCAAGGGGGACACGCUGCUGUUCCAGCGGCCGCUGGCCGUGGCCGAUGCUGGUGACUACGUGUGCCGAGUGUCCAACCGAGUGGCUGCCAAGGAGGCCCGGGCCAACGUCAGCAUCCGGGGACGCGCCACAGAGGACACGGUGCGCCGCGUGGACCUGGUGUCGGCCUCGGUGGUGGUGGUCGGGGUCAUCGCCGCCGUCCUGCUCUGCGUCCUCGUCAUCGUCGUGGUGGUCAUGACCCUGUACCACAAACGCAAGACACAGCGCAUCUCCGAGAAGUACGAGGAGGAGCUGACGCUGACCCGGGAAAAUUCCAUCCGGAGGCUCCACUCCAGCCACAGCAGCGACCCCCGGGCACAGCUGGAGGAGACGCUGCAGCUGCGGACGGAGAGUCGCCAGGGCAGCCUGCGAGGGGACAGCCUGCGAGGGGACAGCCUGAGGGGGGACAGCCUGAGGGGGGACAGCCUGCGUGGCACCAGCAUCUGCUCCGCCAUGAGCGAGGAGCCCGAGGGCCGCAGUUACUCCACGCUCUCCACGGUGCGGGAGAUCGAGACGCAGACCGACGUCCCCGUCGUUGUCCCCGCUGUCCCCGCGGUGCCGCCGCCGCCCGGCGGGAAGGAGCCCAAGGAGGAGGAAGAGGAGGGUGGGGGCGGCGGGGGGGACCCCAUCAAGGCGGCCAUGACGCACUUUGUGCAGGAGAACGGGAUGCUGCAGGCCAAGCCCAGCUCCAACGGCAUCUACAUCAACGGCCGCGGCCACCUGGUGUGA